AUGAGUGAUUCAGACGAUCAAGAGGAGAGAGAUAACUUGGCCGCGAGAGAGAUCGCGCUGGCCGAGCAACACGAAGACCCUCCGGAUCCGAAUGCCGCGCACGAUCGCGCCAAUGAUGAGAUGCCGAGAGAUGGAGCGCGACACAAUGAAGAAGUCAUGGGAGACUUCGAUUCAAAUCCAACACUACUAAUCAAUCGAAAUCCCAUCCACCGCCACUUCCUGAAGGAAGAAGCUAUGAGAUUUCGCCGGAGAUCAUUGGCUUUGGUGAAACAAAACCAGUUCCAAGGAAAACCCCAGGAGAAUCCUUUGGAACAUAUUGAUGCCUUUGAAGAAAUCUGGAAGGCUUUGCGCUGGGUGAAGUCUCUUCCAGCUCAAUCCAUAACCACAUGGAAAGAGUACAAGGUGGCAUUCCUAGGUCACUUUUUCACAAAGCAAAGAGCAAACUUGUUGAGAGAAAAGAUCUCUAGUUUCCAACAAGGGCCGGUGGAGCCUUUUCAUGAAGCAUUGGAGCGCUUCAAGACUAUACAAGAGAGUGUCCUAAUCAUGGACUAUCUGAUGGCAGUCUAUGGAACAUUUUCUACAGAGGAAUAA